GUGUAUACAAGCAGAAGCGGUCCUAUGUUACGGAGAGGUUACCAGCACCCAAAAAAUUCGACAAAAGUUUUAUAUAUACAUGUAUAUGUCUUGAGAAAAUUAUAAUAUAUUACUAGCUAGAGCGGCAUUCUACAUAAAAAGAGAUCUUGGCUGGAUGACAAAAUGCACUCGUGACCUUCAAAUCUUGGUUUUGCUUCUGUCAAUACAAGUUACACUCAAUAAAUACCAUCAAAGGAUGUGGUGUAGCGGAUGGGGCUGUUCUUCCCUUAAUUAGAGGUCUCGGGUUCCAGCGCUAGGUAUAAAUCCUUGGUUGGAAACGCGCGCUUCUCCUCGAAUAGAGCCCUACGCGAGUGAAUCCGGAUAUAUUUGGGCUCCAACAUGGGAACCGGCCGAGUUUAAAACCAUGAAAAAAAAGAAAGAAAGAAAGAUAAACUCAAUAAAUUAACAAACAUGCACCAAGAAUAUAAAUGAAAUACACUAGGUCAGAAUAUUUCCAACUAAUAUAGUAUAGUAAAUAACAGCUAUAUAUCAUAUUGUCCAUUGUUCUCUUUUUGUCCCAUCAGUAUUUAAUGUUCCUGUAAUAGAUCUCGUGGCUUCUAAAAGGGCACGACUUUCUCCAAAGCUAUGUGGUGUCGUCUUCUUUUUUAAUAGUCAUAAACUUAGAGUAUAUUCAUGUGUGACAAACAAGACCGCUAAUACUCUUUGCAUUUUCAUAUUUAAGAAAAAAAAAAGAGUAAAUGCGUUAGAUGUCUAUCGCUUUUUCAAAUUACUGGUACUGACUUAGAGUGAGAACCCGUCUUAAGUCUUCCUUUUUUUCUCACAUUAUAUGUUCAAAAGUAGUGCUCUUGCUUUUGUCCAACUACAAAGAGAAAUGGGGAGAGCGCCAUGUUGUGCUAAAGAGGGGUUGCGUAAAGGUCCUUGGUCUACAAAAGAAGAUUUGUUGCUUAGUAAUUAUAUUAAGGAAAAUGGUGAAGGCCAAUGGAGAAACUUGCCCAAGAAAGCUGGGCUGCUUAGAUGUGGAAAAAGUUGUAGAUUAAGAUGGAUGAACUAUCUGAGGCCAGGGAUCAAGAGAGGAAAUUUUAGCCAAGAUGAAGAAGAUCUUAUAAUAAGACUUCAUUCCCUUUUGGGCAAUCGUUGGUCGCUCAUAGCUGGAAGAUUACCAGGUCGAACUGACAAUGAAAUCAAGAAUUAUUGGAACACACAUCUCAUCAAGAAGCUCAAAAGUGCUGGGAUUGAGCCUAAAGUUAACAAGAUUUUCUCCAAAUAUUAUUCCAAAAAAGAACCCAAAAAACAAGCCAAAACAGAGAAACCAAGAAAGAAACAAGACAAGAAAUUAAAAACCAAGAAGAAAAAAGACCAACCUUUAGUACAAAAUACUAGUGACUCUCCUCAAGUUGUAUUUGUCCCAAAGCCAAUAAGAAUUUCCUCUUGUAGGAAUCAUAGUGUUGAAGAUGUUGCAUUAUUAAGCACUUCAUCCUCAAACAGUUCUGAAGAAGCUGAUAAAAGUGCAGAUCGUUGCACUAAGCUACAGCUAUUCACGGGAUCUGCAGACGAGUCAAACCAUAUUGGGUCAUAUAUACGCAGCCUUACCGAUGAGGGUAAAAUAGCAGAGGUUUCAUUCAUUCCUUGUGCUUCAAAUUUAUUUGAUGAAGUUCCAUUGGAUGAGAACAUGGUGGAGAAGGUGUAUGAAGAGUAUCUUCAACUUCUUUCUGAAAAAUGUUAUUUCCAGGAUAAUCAAUUAGAUGAUGAUCUUUUGGCUGGAAAUGUCUUUGAUCAUUCAAUGUUAAUGUAGGUAUUUUUUUUAUUCUUUUUUUUUUUAUCAAAUGUUAAUGUAGUUUAGCUAGUGAAAGUAUUAGUGUGCAAGUCUUUUGCCUCUAUUUUAAUUUUUUGUUUUUGUGUAGAAAAGUACUCCAUUUUUUCCCACCUCAUGUAACACUAUCAUCCUUCUAGGAGUGAAACAAUUUUUCUUCUGA